AAACAGCCCACAAUUUGCAUUAGUUUGCAAGGAACGCACAACCGGGUCGGCAGCAAAUAUCGAGUGGUUUCGGAAAUGGUUUUCACGGUGGAAAAGAUCGAUUCGUCCGCCCGGAAGCGAUCGUACACGUUCGAUGAAGCUCUAGAAGUGGCAGGAUUUGGACGCGCCCAGCUGCUUCUGGGCGUGCUCGCUGGAUGUUCAGUAAUGGCAUCGAUCAACGAAGCCAUGGGUAUGAGCAUAAUUCUGCCGGCGAGCAAUUGUGACCUGCGAUUGGAUCCCUCCGAGAAGGGGAUGAUCGGUGGAGCGAUAUUUCUAGGGAUUGUUACGUCGUCGUAUUUCUGGGGCUACCAGACGGACACCCGAGGGCGACAGUUUAUAGUGAAGUAUGCGCUGCUUGCCGUAUCGGUAUGCUCGGUGAUCUCCAGCUUCGCCAACGACUUUGCGUCUCUGAUGACGCUGAGGUUCCUCGUGGGGGUGUUUAUGUCCGCCCCCUCAGCUGCUGUGUUCGCUUACUUGGGUGAGUUUUGCACAGCGCAAACGCGAGCCCGGAUGGUGUCAUUCGCUGCGAUCAUAGCUAGCUCGAGCAUAAUUUAUGUUGCGCUAAUCGGUUGGUGGGUUUUAUCCUACGAUUGGAGUUUGGCUGUGACGGAAACUUUUACCUUUAGACCGUGGCGAUUGCUAUUUGUUUUGUACUCAAUUCCUGGUACAAUCGCGGGGAUCGUUUUCUUUUUCUGUCCGGAGAGUCCGAAGUUCCUGCUGUCGCAAGGUCGAGUAGAUGAAGCCCUGAGUGUUCUUAAGCUAGUGUACCGAAUAAACAAAGGAACCGCAGGCAGUAGAUACGAUGGAGUUUCCAUACGACCGGAAGUAGAUGAAGUUCAAGAAACAUCCAAAAGCAUUGUGCAAUCAAUCAAGAAUCAGACAGUUCCCCUUCUCAAGAUGCCAUAUCUAAAAUACCUUAUCGUAUGUUGCGUGAAUAGCAUAAGCGCGUUUGCAAUCUACGGUGGGCUCGGUCUUUGGUACCCUCAAAUUAUGAAUCAAGUCUUCGCCGAUAGUUCAACAAAAAGUACCGAAAUUUGUUCGAUCCUUCAACCAUCAACCGUAAAUGGAACUGAAGAGCUACCGCCACAGCCCACAGUUUGCAGUGAUCAUGUGGAACAGGAAACCUUCAUCUACACGACUAUUCUGGGCGUUUUCGGUGUCACCUACUCAGCUAUUCUAGCGCUCAUCCUCGGUCGAGUCAACGCGAAAACGAUGCUGAUUUUCAACAUGAUCGUGUCGGGAAUCGCCGGGAUUACACUCCAGUUUGUCACCAACAGCUAUGCGGUCGCGAUACUAUUUUGCGUAGAGAUCAUUUUCGCCGGAAUGUGCAUCCAGCUGGUGUACGCAAUAGUGAUCUCGCUGUUCCCGACCCACGUCAAGGGAAUGGCCGUUUCGCUGAUCAACAUGGCCGGACGGCUGAGUUGCUUUGUGGCCAGUGCCGUAAUAGGGCUUCUGAUGGCGCAAAACUGUCCCCUCGCGUUCUACCUGAUGUCCGGAAUGCUGUUUUUGAGCGCAUUGUCAACGUUUUUCCUGCCGUAGAUUGUUACAAACGUUACGAACGCACGCUCGAACGCUGGCUGUGAUGUGUCAAUAUCGAAAUCCCACCAAUGCAAAAAAUACGUUUUUAGCUUUUUUUGUAUCUUGAUAUGGAAAUAUAUUUUCUAAAUAUUUGCCACGAGGAACGUUUUUGCCCUAUAAGACACAUUCAUUCCGAUUGAUAAGAAACCGCCGU